AUGGAGAGAGAUGAUGGACAGGGAGGAAGGCAAAGAUACCAUCAGCCUCUUCACUUUAAGCAGUUGAAGGAAUUAAAAACAGCAUGUGCCCAAUAUGGCCCUACAGCUCCUUUUACUGGGGUUCUCUUAGAAAGCCUAGCCAAAGCAUUGCCUCCUAAUGAUUGGAAGCAGUUGGCUAGGGCAUGCUUGAGUGGAGGAGAUUAUCUUCUAUGGAAGUCAGAAUUUGCAGAGCAAUGUCAGGUCACCGCAGAACUAAACAGGACUCAACAAAUACCCAUUGUGUUGGACAUGUUAGCAGGAGAAGGCAUUUACCGAGAAACUGAUCAGCAAAUUCACUUUGCUGCAGGUGUCUAUGCCCAAACUAAUACAGCAGCCUUAAGGGCAUGGAAGAAAUUGCCACCUCGUGGUAGGCAGACAGAGGACUUGUCCAAAAUCCGUCAGGGGCCUGAUGAGCCUUUUCAGGACUUUGUAUCCAGGUUGUUACAAGCAGCAGGAAGACUUAUAGGAGACGGAGAGUCAGGCAUGUUACUGGUGAAACAGCUUGCCUUUGAAAAUGCUAACUCAGCAUGUCAGGCGGCUAUACGCCCCUUCAGAAAGAAAAGCAGUUUAUCUGAUUAUGUAAGGCUUUGUUCAGAUAUCGGGCCCUCCUAUGCCCAAGGACUCGCUAUUGCUGCUGCUUUACAAGGAAAAACUGUCAAGGAAGUUUUGUUCCAGCAGCAAAAGUCUAAGGGUCAACUAACAGCCGGUCCACCUGGUAGCUGUUAUGGAUGUGGACAGCUGGGUCAUCAAGUCAGACAAUGCCCUAAGAAACAGGAUGGGAGCAAGCAGCCUGGGACCUGACCUAGACGCAAGAGAGGCAAACAUUGGGCAAAUGAAUGCCGCUCCAAAAAAGACAGUCAAGGAAAUCCUUUGCUCCGGAUGCAGGGAAAGGGGAAGAGGGGCCAGCCCCGGGCCCCUCAACAGUGUUACGGGGCACCGCAGAGCGAACCCAGCCUGCAACAGGGAAAUCCAUUCAGGAAUUAUACAGGGCAACCCCAGGAAGCGCAGGACUGGACCUCUGUGCCUCCACCUACACAGUAUUAA